UCAAUGUGAUGACAUAAAUUACAGGCUCUAACCCGUAAGCCCAUUGAGCCGGGUCAGUUCAUCUUCACCCGUAACCCAACUCCACCCAUUUUAUACUUUUUCCUUUUGGAGCCGUAUGCUUCAUUUGGGCGGGAAAAUCACAAAUCAGCUUAUAAGCACCGAAACCCCCAAAUUCCAAUCUCUCUCUCUCCCUCAAUUUGAACCAGCAGACCAGAAACUGGAAGCUACCACACCAUUACUCUAAUGCCUCCAAGAAAGAAAUCCCUUUCUUCUUCCACGACGUCUGCUAAGAAAUCCAACUCGAAAGUUCAGCCUCAGCCGUCCAAGUUCGGCAUCCAGCAUUUCUUCGAGCGCCACACCCAGAACUCUCAGAACCCCAAAAUAUCAGCAGUUUCUGCUUCUCAGCAGAACCCUAAACCCCUCCCAGCUCCCGCCUCUUCCACCGUUGCUCCGGCACAAUCGGUUCCGGAGAUCCAAAACCCUGCGCAGAUUGAUACGGGUAAUGCCGUUUUAGCUUUGGGAAGUCAUGAGAUUCGGUCGAAUUUGCUGUCAAGUAGUAACAAUAGUAUGUCGCACAAUACGCCUCCAGAGAAUUUGAGGGCAGUCGGAGUUGUUGGUGAGGAGGAGAAUAUGGAAGAUGAGGCCUCGCCGGAGAUUUCAAAGUCCAAAUCUUUUAAGCGCUUCAAGUUCUCGCCAGGAAUGUUGAUAAAGCAGAGCCAGGAUGAUGGAGGUGAUGAGGUGACAUGGAGGAUAUCUCCGGUAAAUGAAAGACUCCAAGCUGUUUCAAAGCGCAUGCCGGAGAUUAUUAGAGUGCUGGCGGACUCUUCAAGGCUUAAAUCUUUCACCAUUAACCAAUGCUCGCAAAAGAAGAUGAUUAACCAAUGA